AUGACUGAAUAAAAAUCAAUUUCUAUCUUUGAUUUUGGAAAAACUAGGAAUAAAUUUUGGUAAACAUGUGAUAAGUCUGUUUUGGAUGUAACCAAUUUCAUACAAUAUAAAAGUCUUAAACAUUUUUAGUUGAAUAAGAAUUUUUGACUGCAGGCAAAGUUAAUGUCAAACCUAUCUUUGUUGUACUAGGAUAAGAAUAUAUAUAUAAAGUAACUGUAGACAAAUUGAAAUGUGCACCUCUCCUCACUACACAUUUAAUUUAUAUUGAACCAGGUGCUGAUCAUUUAGUUUAAUUGAAUUCUGAUGAACAGCAAUAUGGAUUCAGAUUUCAAUACCAAACCAAAGUCUUGGAGAUCUUUCUAUCCGACAAGUCUCGUUAUGAUUAAUGGAAAAUCCAUUUAAAGAAGCUUUGUCUUCUGGAGAAUUUCCAUGAAGCUUUUAUGGUUUCUAAAUUAAUUGGAAAGGGAAGUUUUGCUAAAGUCUAUCUAGCAACUAGAAAGGAGAACAACACCCAAUAUGCCAUCAAAGCUUUUAGCAAAUCUUUCAUGCAACAACAGCAUAAAGGAAUUGAAAGUCUUUUAAAUGAAAUGAAAUUAAUGAGGAAAUUAAACCAUCCAAAUAUUGUAAAAUUGCAUGAAGUACAUGAAACUGCUAAUUCUGUCUAUUUUGUUGUAGAUAUUGUGGCAGGUGGAGAACUAUUAUAAAGAGUGAGAGAAACAGGUAUCAUUAUUCUUUAUAUUUAGGUUUCUUACCUGCUGAAACAUUAUAAAGAUUGGCUUAUAACUUAUUAUCAGCUUUAAAUCAUUUGCAUCAAUUUAAUAUUGCACAUAGAGAUCUUAAACCUGAAAAUUUACUUCUUAAAUCUUAUGAAAAUAAUUAUGAUAUUGUUUUAGCUGAUUUUGGAUUGGCAGCAUCUUUAUUAGAUGAUAACAUUUUAUUUAAAAGAUGUGGUACUCCUGGAUUUGUGGCUCCUGAAAUUUUGGAAUAUAAUGAUGGUUAGUAAUUCUAUAAUGAGAAAUGUGAUGUUUUUAGUGCUGGAAUUAUUUUAUAUCUCUUGAUUGUAUCUUUUUCAUUUCAUUACAAAAAUAGACUGGAGGUCAACCAUUCACAGGAAAAGAUUAAAAAGCAAUUCUAAAGGCUAAUAAAGAUUGCAUUAUUGAUUUCGAUGAUUCAUUAUAUAAAUCAGCACCUAUUUAGAUGUAAAAUUUAAUUCAAUUCAUGUUACUAAAAAAGUCUUAAGAUAGAAUGAGUUCAAGUGAGGUACUUAUUUGAAUCCUUAAAUUAGUGUUUAAGGCAUCCUUAUUUUAAGGAAUUAGCAAAAGAGCAUCAAGUCAAGUUGGAAAAAUAUCAAAAUAACUUAAAUGACUAUAAUUAAUCAUACAAGAACAAUGUAAAAAUGGGAUCAAUAGAUUUGAAUUUAGAAUAAAGAUAAACGGCUUUUACAGGAUAUUUGAAUUCUGUUGAAUCAAUUUCAUGUGUAUCUAACAAUUCAUUUGCCAAAAUUGAAAUGAAAGCUACUUCUGUUAUUGGAGCCUCUAAAUUCAGUUAAUACAGUUCUAAACUUAUUAGACUUGGUUCUAGGGAUAUCUCUGGUAAUUAUUCAACUUAAUUUUUUUAUUAGAUAUUCCAACUUCUUAGUUGCAAAAAACGGAAUCUAAGAAGCACAUUGAUUUACACAGAAUUGCAAUUUAAAAUUCUCAUCGCAAACAAAUUUAGGAUUAAUUUGAGGAUUAGCCGAUACAAGCAGAAGGGUCAGAAGUUAGCGGAAUGGCUAAAUUGUUCAAUUCAACAAGACAAAUUAGAAUUCCUGAAAAUUUACCAACUUUGUCCUAAUCAAAUAAAUAAGUAUCUACUCCUACUAAUAGAAACAAAAAGAUUACUUGA